AACACUGGAGCUUGUCAAGCAGCAGAAAUAUAUAGCUGCACACAGCCAGGCACUCUUGAACUCUGCAAUUCACGAGUUCUCAGGAAGCCAUGAAGAGGCAGCAGGUUUUUCUCCUAACACUUCAGAACUGGGUAUCUGUAAAAGCUGAAGACCCUAGAAAGCAGGGCUCUAUCAGGGAAUUAAAUGUUGGGUGACUGGAAAGUAAGCUCUUGCAGGAACAGCAGUUCUUGCAAUAGGAUUAUGGCUUCGGUUUGAUGUACAGACCAAAAGCAUCUUUGAACUGGAAUCCAACAACACGACAUUCUAUACAGGAGUUUACAUACUAAUUGGAGCUGGUGCACUCAUGAUGCUGGUUGGCUUCUUGGGAUGCUGUGGUGCGUUGCAGGAAUCACAGUGUAUGCUUGGACUGUUCUUCGUCUUCCUUUUUGUGAUUUUUGCCCUUGAAAUUGCUACUGCCAUCUGGGGAUUUGCAAAUAAAGAAAAGGUUGUUGAAGAGUUACAGGAUUUCUACAGAGAAACCUAUGAAAAGAGAUCUCAACCAGCUGCCAGAGAAACCUUGAAAGCAUUCCAUUUUGCUCUGAAUUGCUGUGGUAUUACUGGAGGUCUUGAGCAGCAGUUGAUGGACACCUGUCCAAAGAAGACCUUGCCUGAGUCACUUACUACAAUGCCAUGCCCUAAAGCCAUUGAUGAUGUCUUUAAUACAAAACUGAAUGUCAUUGGAGCAGUUGGCCUUGGUAUUGCUGUGAUAAUGAUUUUUGGCAUGAUAUUCAGUAUGGUUCUUUGCUGUGCUAUCCGCAGAAACAGAGAAAUGGUCUAAGGGCUGUAAAUCCAAGGUGUCUGCACUAUAAAAUCUGUCAUUAACUCUAGUGUUCUCAAAGCAUUUCUAAAAGAAAAUUGUAUGUUACCUUUUUAAUGCUUUAUUUGGUACUGAUAUAGGUUUGCUUUUUAUGCUAUAGGUUAAAAUGAUAAAGUUAUAUUUGACUCAAGAUGAAUACUGUACACAAACCAUCUGUUUUUCUUGAAAUUUAAAUAAUUUGGAUAUAUUUAUGUUUAAGGCAAUUUGAUACUUAAUAAAGAGUAAGAUGUAUUUUAUGUUUGGGGAAAAUCAUUGAUGGAGCAGAGCCUGAUUGUAUGGGGCUCUGAGCAAUUUGGUCUAGUGAGAGAUGUCCCUGCCCAUGGCAGAGGGUUGAAAGUAUAUGUUCUUUAUAGGUCUUUUCCUACCUGAACCAUUCAGUCAUUUUAUGUUUAUUUUGAUGUAAUUUUAGGAGACAAUUCCAAAGAAUGCAAAGAUCUUUCAUGAUUUGCUUUAUUGGUACAUACUGUGGAAGAUCUCAUAAUUUCUCCCUUUUUCAGUGCUUGAACAAAACCAGGUAUGUUUUUUGUACUGCUGCAACAUCAUCUUCAUAUAGGAUGUUAGAAGAUAACUGUCAUACUAAUGAUACACAGGCAGUGGUAGCCUGCUGUGCUAGGCUCUACUCUGAUGCCAAGUGGGCUUUCUUAGCUUGUGUCCUGGCAUAACUCUGUCCCCUGGCAUCUGAUAUGGCCUCAGUGUCUUGAUAAAGCAAAUUCCUAUAGCGUGUACUCACACGAUUUUUCUCAGUGGCUGACUUUGUGCAUUGUCUAUCCAGAACUACUGAUGUACACAGUCUUAAAGGCCAAAUCUCGAAUUCUGGGGAGGGAACACAAGUUCUACUAGAAGUUAAUGUACUACUCUGCAGUCGCUGCUCAUAGCAGCGACAAGCACUGUGGCUGUUGUGUUUCAGACUAAAAGUGAAAAAUGGGACAGAGCAGCUGUGCUAUUGCGGAAACCCUAGCUGAAAAGUUACUAGUUUUCCUAUCCUUGCAAUCUAAAUGGCCUUUAUAGUGUUUAAAAUACCUCUUGGUGGGAUACAAACCUCAGAGCUUUGCCAGUUGCUGUGCUAUACCUGCAUGCUAUGUUCAGCUCUAGCACCUCAUAUAUGUUCUUAGGAGUUUCUGGUGUUUGCCAUCUGUGUAUUUUAAAUUUUUCAGCACUUCCCACUUUUCUCUCAUAAAGAGGUUCUCUUUUGACAUGGGAAGUGUCAGAAUUGUGGAGGUUUGGGGCUCUAACUGUAGCAAUAGAUUAAUAUCUGGAUGUCUUGCCUUGUUGAUAAAUUCAAAGCCUUAUGCAAAUACAAGCUUUCCUCUGUAAUCUGUUCUCUAGUACAUACUGUCUUCUUAAAAAAGAUCACUCUAAAGGAAGUGGGAAGCAUGCAUUUAGUUUAGACUUGAAUUAACUCAGUUAUAAGCUCAUGAGAGAAUGUUGUUGAUAGCAGGAGUGCAGGUGAAUAGCAUGAGCUGUGGUGGUAGCUCUCAAACUGAUGUAGAAUUCAACUGAAUACCUGGAAGGAUAUGUUUGCACCUGUUUGCUAAAGAACCUAAAUGAGCAUUUUCUGUACACACUAGUCUUUAUUUUACAAUACUGCCUUCUUACAGUGUUUAUGGCAACGUUUCAUGGUUGUCUGCCAUCAAACUCUUUCUGGAAGUACUACAACCCAACCUUCAGCCCUUCUUGAACAUUCUAUAUGUGCUGGUUUGAGUUUUCUGUAAAUCUUUUUUCAAAGACAGCUGAUUAUAGUUACUGAUGGUUACUUGAUUAUUACUUUCCUUUUAGCAGAAACGUGAAUUAUAGGUGUGAUAUCUGGUUUCAGUCCUGCUAAGACCUUAAAGCUGUUAUCAAAUCGAUACAUCUCAAACAACUGCUUCUGAGGCAGCUGGCUUUUCAGGCAGCAACUAGGUAGAUUUCCUGAAGAAUUUGCUUCUAAGUAAAAGCGAUACCACUUUUUUAAUUAAAAAAAGGCUUUCUUGUACUGUCCCUCUGAGCAGAGGGUGAGUUUCUCAUCUUCAAAUCAGAUUAGGUGUAUCUGAAAGAUACUUGCUUGGAAUGGCAUAUCUCAAGAGAUAACUGAUAAUGGGUGUAAGUCCUGGGUAAGGCACUAACAUAACACUGAUCAUUGAACCAUCAGAUGAAUGGUAGGCAAAGAUAGCAUGAGCUGUUGAAAUGCAUGUGGCAGAGAAUAACUUGAUGCUAGUUUUUGCAGUGUUCAUGAGGAAACAUUGAUAAGCUUUGUACUGCAUUGCUCUGAGGCUGCUACAAGUUGUGCCUGCUAUCCACUGCUAUGAGGAAAAUCAAAGGAAAAUGAAGUCAAGGCGCUAGAAGAUAUGGCUAUUUAUUUGUUGUAAGCUAGCCAAGGACAGCUGGGAAAAGGCGUACAUAAAAUACGGAAAUUUGCUCCAAGAAACAAACAGCAUAUCUGCUGCUAUGUACUCAAAAUAUGUCCUUGCCACUUGGCCAAAUCUUACAAAGUUCUUGGACUGGAUUGAGGCUUUCCUUAAAAAAUGUAUAUAUUUUUGACCACUUUCAAAGUCAGACCUAGUCUGCCUCAGAAAUUAAGGGAGGCCUCAAGAUAGCUACAUGGUUGGCGAUGUUGUCAGAAAGUGCAUUAACAUGGAGAGAACUUGGGUUUUGCACAGGAGCAACACUUACCACUACAGAAGAGGUUCCUUUUUAUAGUGGAGCUAGGAGGGACAACUGUGGCACAGCAUAUUAGCAUAUUGUCAUUUUAAGGGAGUCCUAGUAUAUUAACAAUUGAGUCAAGUGCAAAGAAAAAAUAACAGCAGAUCCCUGAACUGUGGAAACAGUGAGAGAUGUUGGAAGAAGCUGCCAGUAAAAGAAAGGUGUGAGCCUAACAGACUCACUGUGGGAAGAACUGUCAGAUUGUAUUCUGACAAUUUGCUGAACUAUAGUUCAGCAAUUAGUUUAUUUCUAAAGGGGGUAGAAAAUGUCUGACAGGGAGAUACUGUUUUUAGCUACAGUAUGAUCUGAAAAAAGAAAUGUUUCAGCAGCAACACCAUGAACUUACGUUGACAGGCUAUCUGGAUCAGGAUGAUUCUGUAUCCCUUUUACCUGUCAGCCCAAAUACUGUAGAGCAUUUGCAGACAGUUCUUAAGAACUGGUUGUACAUCUGCCCUAUUCUACAUUUCCUGCUGGAUCUACAGUUCAAGUGAGUGUCACAGGAUCUGGCUAGGAGCAACAGGAAGGGGAGGUAGAUAGAAAAGAGUGACAGGGACUGAAAUCAUAGUGCUAAAUGUGAGUCAAAUUCCUGUUUAUGGGGAGUGUCUAGUUGGGACCCCAAGAGGGCCUGGUGAGGGGAUUUCUGUCCCUCAGGGGAAAGCUGCUUGUCCAACAGAGUAUUCACAAGCACUAGCUAAGUAAAACCCAGCUUGGACUCUUCUGUGUUUCUAUGUUAAGAGGGUGGCUUUUGCCUACAGCCACUAUAUAAUUAGGAUGAUUAUAAAAUAGUAACCUCUUCAGUUUCUGCUUCUUGGCAGCUCUGAGGAAAUGACCUAAUUUGAACUGACCUAAUUCAAACUGUCAGCAUUGAGAACCUUGGUUCCUACCAAAAGUCACUUUUAAAUGAACCUAGAACAUGUAGGCAGCUUCCAGACUUCACUGGCAAUAAUAAUUAGUGAGAUUUUCCACUGCUGGAUACAGGCUUUCACACAUGCGUCUCCUACAAAAAUGAAUCUACAAGGCAGCCUUUUAUGGCUGUUUGAAUGCUUCUCUUCUCUAGCUGGCUAUUUGACAUUCAAUUCAGGCUGAAAACUAUUUUUUGCCCUGUUCUCCAUGUUGACAUUUAAUUGCUAACUUACUAUGUGCUGAGGGCUUGCACUUCUGCUUUAUCCCACCAAAGAAAUGGCUCAUGCAAUGUCAUCAUGAAGCAUCAACCUUAGCCUGCCAUGCCCUUCUUAUGACAAGAAUUUUAGGUUUGAGCUUCUGCUCUGGGGGUUGGAGAGAGAGGUUUUUUGGCUUUGUAGGAAUGAAACAGCAUACAAACUGCACCAUCAGCUUAUGCAUACGCUGCUGCUCCUGGAGAGCUGGGGCAGUGCUCAGCAGUCUUUUCUAAAGCCACGCCUCACCUCAGUGAUGCAGUCCUUUGAGGAUGGUAAUUAGAAGAAUCCUUCUUAAUUGUUAUCCUUUACUCAUCUGCUGCUGUGCCGAAGUGCUUUGAUGUACAUUCUGGCAUGAUUCCCCUUGCAGGAAAGAUUCUGAGCAGGGCGACUAACACCUCCAAAUUACAGGUUACAUCCCAUCCUUGGACAAACAAUAGGAGGAGAGAUGUGGUUCCUUGUCAGCAAGUCAUGAUUCAUGCUCCUAGGAGGCCGUUCCUACUGAGGAAGCUGUACACUGCAAUGAGGCCUCGCUUCAGUCUCCUCUAAAGAAAAUGAUUGUGCUUUUUUCUUUCUUUUUAAAUUUUUGUUGGGGGCUAUGUGAGCCCCCAGACGCAGACUGCACCUGUGGGACAGAAGGGGAUUUUGCUCCUUCUCCAAUCCCUCUUGCAUAGUCCAUAUCUUCAGCCUUCGUCCUGCACCAUACUUGAAGGUUUUUGCACAUCAAAGAAUGCUCUUGAAAAGAAAGUAACAUGUCAAACAUGGUGUAAAUGGAUGGAAGAUGGCAGACAGUCAAAUCCAACUCAUCCUCCACUAGUGUAAAUCAUGCUUUAAUGGGUGAGGUGAAUUAAUGAGGUCUUUUCUUGUAGAAGCAGAAAGCAUGACAUACUGUGUGCCUGCUAUCCUCCAGCAGGGCAACAAGGAUUUGAGGCUUUUUUGCAAUUUAUGAGGGGAAAAUGUCUGGGAUUCUGCCAUUCAACCUAUCAGCUGCCUGCCCACUGGCAGGUCCAAGGAAGCAAAUAGUAAUUAAAAAAUGCAAAGUUCCUUCAGUUUUACUGCAGAGGCUGGGCUGACCCUUACUUUCUGUAGGGUAGAGAGAACUGUUAAGCUUAAAGAGAUCCAUAGGAUCGCAGAACAGGCCAAUUUUGUGUUGACCUCAGGAGGUCUGACCAUCUAUUCAAAGCAGAGUCAGCCAUGAGGUCAGGACGGAUUAAACAAGGCUUUAUCCAACACAAUCCUGAAAACCUCCAAGGAUGAGAACUGCACAAUGUCUUACAGAAAUCUAAUCCACUGCUUGGUUGUCUUCUGGAGGAAAAGCUUUCCUUACAAGAGUUUGAACUUCUCUUGGUUCAACUUAUGCUAAUUAUCUGCCAUCCUACCACUAUGUUCCACAGUGAGGCUGCUGGCUCUGUCUUUUUGGUAACCUCACAGGUAUAGGGAGGGUGUAACUAGCCCCCACCAUUCUUCUCUUCUGCAGGUUGGUAAAGCGUCAUAACUUCAGCAUCUUCUCACAGUGAACAUGCUUCAGAAAGCUACUAUCUUUGUUGCCCUCCACUGAGCUCACUCUGUUUUUUCAGUGAUGGAUAUUGAGUCCCAAAACUGGGCACUAUGUUUUAGAUGCAGCACACUGGUUAUUGACCUCCUUUAAAAAGAUUUUUUAUGCACUUGGAAACUUGCACUACUUGUGGGCUAAGAAUCUGUUUCCAACAGAAGCAAAUAGUGAAAAUACUUUGCUCUUCUGGGAAGAUAUUUAAGAAGUCUUUGACAUUGGGUAGUUGUCUGGAGAAGUUAUCACAGACACAGCUCUUGUUCGGCUGCUCUCUGAGAAGCUGCAGACUUUUGCUCUUGGAUUCUCCCUUGUGAUGCUUCAUUUAGUUAGUAGCCAAAGUGAGAAGAACUGUAGGUAAUGAAAAACAAUACACAGGUUUUUGCUGCCUUAUGGGUUUUUGAAGGAUAGAGUGUCCAUGAUCAAGAAUGUUAUGGAAAAAGAAAUAACACUGAAGUAGAAAUGAGACAGAAAGCUGGACCAACAGUGAAGGCCCUACUUAACAAAAUCUUCCUGUCAAGGACUGCCUCCCUUUGGCAAGAUUGCUAGUCCUAUAUGUCAAGAUCCACUAGGAAGAAUAACUUUCUCCUGUUUGCAAGGGCCAGUUUAGCUUGACUCAGGUAUAAGAAGCAGGCUUUUCUGCCAAAUGUUCCCCUUCCUUGUUCUGUCAGAAAUCUCACAAGCUGCUUCCCAAGCUUUCCCAGCUGUGCAAAGGGAAGCAAACAUUGUCCUUUUCAUAACAGGGAUCCAUCCAAUUUGAGCAUUUUGUUACACUGUGAGAAAACCUGCCCUCUGUCUGGGCUUCUGUAGUGAUGUUGCUUACUUACAUGGGAAAAUUCUGUUAAAUGUUUGGAAAAUUUUCCUUCCGUAAAUGUUUGCUUUACAACGUGUUUAUUUGUAAAGUUUUUCUUCCAUCUAAUAGUAGCUUUUCACAUGAUUCCUCCAUGCUUUUUGUGAACAGAUCUUAUUGUCAGCUUCUUAUCAUACCAGAGUUCAAAUGUCAAUGCAGGAACUUUCUGCCUGCCUCAAGUUGAAUUUUGUUAUAUGAACUUAAGUUUCAGGAAGUAGAGCUGAGGUGUUUUCAACAGUGAACUUACAGAAACACAACUUGUUGCUCUGCCAAUGCUUAAGAAAAAGAUAUUAUAUAUAAUAUGUAUUUUUUAAAGUCUAGCAACAAUUUAAUUAAUGCGCAGUCAGGUUGUAACCUGUUGCUAUGGGCUGUAUUGCCAAGUUCCUAUAGAAACUGCAAAACGGUGCAACAUGUCAGGUGCAGGUAUGAUGUGCCAGACUACAACAUUGAGAGCAGGUCCUCUCAUGCCCAUGACUUUGUUGCUAAUCCUGUGUUGCAAUCCUCAAAACUAUUUGCAAGCUCAUUAGCUCAAAUAAUGAAAUUGAAGAAUUCAAUCUUCUGAUGAUCAUUAUAUGUGCUAGUGACCCCACCUCAUGAAACAUAUAUUUUUACCACUUAUUUAACAACAACGAAAAUCAACACUCAAGAACAGAGAGUAAAUGACAUUAAGGUUACGAUCUCAAGUGAUGCUACCAUAAAAAAAACAUGAAGGAAAACUCUAAUUCAUGUAUUCAUACAUUUUGACAUAGAUCUACAAGAUAUCUUUUUUCCCUUUGGCAGCAGAUUGGAAGUCCUAAUACAGAGAAAAUGAGAGGAAAUGAGAAAAAGAAAGAAUUGCCUUGUGAUGAAGACAAAUUAUGUUAUCAGAACUAGACAGAAUGUCUGCUUCUGACUGAGAGUGGUGCAGGACAAGACACACAGCUGAUCUCUCAUUUUCUGUGUGUAGAAGUGUCUUUAGCUUUGGUACAGUGUUGGGCACAAAUGACAGCAAAUGAAGUCCGUAAGAGCCAUGCACAACAAAAGAUUGCAUCUGUGAAUGCAAUUAUGGCUUUAUUGUCUUAGUUUAAUGCCAGUGCCCAUUUCUGAACUUUAUCAUUUUUGUGCCUGCAUUCAUAAGCUGCAAAAAAAGAUACAGGAAAGAAUUGUUGUAGUGGCUCCUAUUCAUGUAGGAUUCAUGUCUCUGUACCACUUACCAACAAUGCUGUGAACAUCAUCAAAAAUGCCAUGUAGGAAUAAUUACUUACUAUGUUGUUAAUAAAGAUUACACCAAGUAAA